GACUCUGGUGAAUUGCGGUAUAUAUACUACAAUCUGUAGUCACUGUAUUUUAUAAAUAAAGAUAAUGAAUGAUACUUUGAACGGUCAGUUAAAUAAUGCCAUACCCUUGAAAUUAGAUAGAUAAAAAUAUUUAUUAGUCGUCUUAGCUAUCUUUUCAUCAAUAUGAAUCUAAACACUGUGCGUCAGUCACUAAAAAGUAUUAUAAAAUCGCGAAUUCAAUACAAUUUUAAAAUGAAAUACUCUACUGAAAAUGUUUCUAACAAAUACAAAAUGUUAUCAGUGUCAGUACCAAAACAGUUUGUCUAUUUAGUACAGUUAAACAGACCUGAGAAGCUCAAUGCUUUAAACAAUGAUAUGUGGAAAGAAUUUACAACGUGCUUUGAUGACUUGGCAGUAGACCCAGAGUGCAGGGUGAUAAUUCUCUCUGCUGUUGGCAAAGCAUUUUGUGCAGGUAUUGAUAUCCAUGAUAUGGUAAAAUUGGGUCAACAAUUAGCAGAACACGAAGAUGUUGCAAGGAAAUGUAAAAUUUUGCAGCAUAAAAUAAGAGACUACCAAGAUAGUUUCACUGCAAUAGAAAAGUGUCCAAAGCCUGUAAUAGCAGCUGUGCAUGGUGCAUGUAUUGGAGCAGGUAUAGACAUGAUAUCUGCAGUUGACAUUCGUUAUUCUACUUCCGAUGCAUGGUUUCAAAUAAAAGAGGUAGAUAUUGGUAUGGCUGCUGAUGUGGGUACAUUGCAAAGGCUUCCAAAAAUUGUAGGUUCUGAUAGUUUAGCCAGAGAAUUAGUAUACACUGCAAGGAAAUUUACGCCCUCUGAGGCACUACAAUGUGGCUUUGUUAGUCGUGUAUUUGAUAGUCAAGAAAGUUUAAUGGAUAAUUCAAUGAAGCUUGCAGAAGUAAUAGCAAGUAAAAGCCCAGUUGCAGUGCAGGGAUCAAAGAUAAAUUUGAUUUAUUCAAGAGAUCAUUCCGUCCAAGAGAGCUUGGAUUAUAUGGUUGUGCAUAAUCAAGCUAUGCUUCAAAGUGAAGAUCUUGUAAAUGCUACUAUGGCUCAGAUUUCUAAAGGGAAUCCACCAAUUUUUUCAAAAUUGUGAAUAAAUAUAUAUUUUGAUGAUAUUUAUAUAUGGAAGAUGAAUUUAUAUGUUUUAUAAUUUGAAAUCAUAAUAAAGAUAUAUUUUAAAUGUUUCUAAAA